AUGUCCAACCAGUACAAACCGUACGCCCAUUCUAAGGAGGAAAAAUUAUGUAAUUGCGUCAUGUGCCAGAAAACUGUCAAUUCGAUCAACAGCCCCGAGCGCAGUCGCACAGAUUGGGAGCCUCACCACUGCCCCGUGUGCUCGCAAAUCUUCAUCCGACAGGACGACCUGACGUUCCACAUGGACAGCCACAGGCGCGGCAACAAGCCUUACAGUUGCCACGUGUGUCCGCAGGCGUUCAGUCUCAGCAGCCACCUAACCCGGCACAUGCACACCCACAGGCGCAGCAUGCCCUUCCGGUGCGACAAGUGUCUCGACUCUUUCGCCGAUUUCAGCGAUCUCGCGAGCCACAAGCGCACCCACUCGCACGAGAGACUCUAUCGUUGCUCCGCGUGCUCCAAAAGUUUCGGCCGGUCCAACGAUCUCACGAUGCACAUGGACACGUAUCAUAGGCGCAAGUGA